AUGGGCAGCGCACCAGAGCAGAGCAGGCUGUUUGAGCCCUUGAAGAUAGGCGACCAUACGCUCAGCAACCGCGUGGUAAUGGCACCUCUUACCAGAUUCCGCGCCGACGACAACCACGUUCAAUUACCUUUCGCCAAGGAGUACUACACGCAAAGAGCAGCGGGCUUCAAGGGAACACUCCUGAUCACAGAGGCCACCUUCAUCAGUCCUAAAGCAAGCGGUUACCCCAACGUCCCUGGCAUCUGGAACAAGCAGCAGAUUGCUGCAUGGAAAGAGAUUGUGGAGAGCGUGCACAAGGCAGGUGGGAUCAUCUACCUGCAGCUGUGGGCUUUGGGCAGGACAGCGAAUCCUGAGGUCAAAGAGAAGGAAGGUACGGGCGAUGUGGUCAGCUCCUCGGACACGCCGGAGAACAGCGAUAAGCCGGAGCCGCGGCCACUGAAGGAGGAGGAGAUUCAGGAGUAUAUCAAGGACUAUGCUACUGCUGCGAAGAACGCUGUAGAGGGUGCCGGCUUUGACGGUGUUGAGAUCCACGGUGCGAACGGGUACCUGAUCGACCAAUUUUCGCAGAGCGUCUGCAACCAGAGGACCGACAUGUGGGGUGGCAGCAUCGAGAACCGGUCACGCUUUGGGCUCGAGGUUGCAAAGGCAGUGGUUGAUGCCGUUGGCGCGAACAAGACCGGCAUCCGACUUUCGCCGUGGUCCACCUUCCAGGGCAUGAAAAUGCCGGAGAAGGAUAUUGUACCACAGUUCUCGCACUUGAUCAAAGGCCUGAAAGACCUUGACCUGGCGUACGUUCAUCUUGUCGAAUCAAGAAUAGCCGGGAACGCGGACAUUGAGGGCACCGAGAAGAACGAUGUUUUCAUGGACCUAUGGGCACCGAAGCCGUUCUUGCUCGCUGGCGGCUUCACUCCGUCUUCUGCUCGGGACGAUGUCGACAAGGCUUACAAGGACAAGGACAUUGCUAUCGUUUUCGGGCGGUACUUCAUCUCCAAUCCGGAUCUUGUGUAUCGGCUGCAGCACGACAUCGAGUUCACAAAGUACAACCGCGACACUUUCUACAUCCCGAAGAGCAAGGAGGGCUACAUCGAUUAUCCUUACUCCGAAGCGUGGCAAAAAGAGAAUUCCAAGCUCUGA